UCAGUACCAGCCUAGGCUGAGGGAGGCAGUGGAGGCGUGACUGGUGGACCUAUUUGAUAAAAUAGAGUAAAGAGAAAUACGCAGGCUGAGUCCUAGACAAAUUGCAUUGAAUGAAAAAGGGAUAAGAAAAGGGAUAUAUAAAGCAGGAAGGAAGAAACAGAACUAGAGAAAAGAGUAUCAGUGGACACAGACACCAUAAUUGUUGCAAGGAUGUGGAACGACUCAGAUCUUCUGCAAAAUUAUUCUUUUUCUUGUGCCUCCUCGUCGGUGGAGGGCUACCGUUAUUUUGGUGUCCUUUUGGGAUCAGCUGUCACCAUAGUAGGAACAUUAGGGAAUAUUCUGACCGUGCUUGCCUUUGCGACUGAUACCAACCUGAGAACGCGUUUCAAUGUUCUCAUUGUAAACCUGGCCCUCGCUGACCUCCUCUACUGCACUGUGCUUCAGCCAGUCAGUGUUGACUCAUACCUGCACCUGCAAUGGAGGGGCGGAGCCAUGUGGUGCCAAAUGUUUGGACUCCUUCUGUUCCUGUCCAACAGUGUUUCCAUUAUUACGUUAUGUCUCAUCGCUAUGAGUCGUUACUUGGUUGUUGCUCAUCGCACCUCACGCUUUGCUCGUCUGCUGCUGUCUCAACGUGGCGUUGCUGUGCUCCUCAUUUCAUCCUGGACAAUGGGUCUGGCCAGUUUUGGUCCCCUUUGGCCCGUCUAUGUGUUUGCUCCACAAGUGUGCACCUGUAGUUUCCAUCGCACAAAGGGGCGACCUUACACCACUGUGCUGCUUUUCCUUUACUUCUUCCUUGGCCUGGGUUGCGUAGGACUGUUCUACUUUUUGAUCUACCGUAAGGUCAGUGUAGCUUCUAAAGCAUUUCUGAAGUACAGGCCCAGUCCUCGCUCAUCCAAACGCAAGCAGGCUGAACCCAUGGGGACUGACGACAGUGGAAUCAGUGCUGGAGUUUCAUCAACUCAAAGCUGUGAGAUCAGCAACGAUGGCAUUGGACCAGAGCACCACAAGAACAAAGCCCUUGAGAACUCUGGGGAUCCUGAGGGCCAUACAACCAAACAAGAGUCAAAGAAGUCUACAAGUACCAUUCAGGACACUUCAAAGGCAUCUUCUCAGCCUUCUCCCAUUAAAAUGCAGACCACAACUCCAGCCUCCUCCACAGGAGAGGACAGUGAAUUUAAACGUGUGACUCGAAUGUGUUUUACGGUCUUCUUGUGUUUUGUCGGUUGCUUUGCACCAUUUCUGUUACUGAAUGUAGCUGAUAAGGCAAACCGUGCUCCACAGGUGAUUCAUAUGUUCUGUGCAAACCUUACUUGGUUAAAUAGUUGCAUUAACCCUUUGUUGUAUGCAGCCAUGAAUCGACAGUUUAACCAGGCCUACAAAGACCUGCUACGUAAAGCUGUACAGCCACUCACCUGGAUGUGGAGAUCUCAAUGAUUCAGGAUUAAAUGAAGAAUGAAGAUUUGCAAUCUAUAAGUCAUUUCAAACUAAACUGUAUAAAAGUGAAUCACACCAAGCUAAUGCCUUUUAAGCAGUGUUUUGUUUAAUUACUGUAAUCUAAUUACUUUCAAGUCAAAAGGUAAUGUUACACAUUACAUUUUAAAUUCUUGUAAUCAGAUUACAGUUUCAAUCAUUUUCAAUUUAAUUGAAAUUUUAUUUUCAAUUUCAAUUAAUUUUUCAAUUCAGUUUCUGUUUUCAAUUUAGAGUUUCAAUUAAUAACAAGGGUUAUACAUUUCUAAAAGAAUAUUAUUUAUGUAGAAUAUAUUUAAAACAUGAAUUAUGUUCAUAUGUACAUCCGUUAAGAGGUCCAUAACAAGUCAUUGUAAGGAAGAAAUGUGGGAUGCAGUGUGUAUGGCUUGAGUGCAAUGAUGAACAAGGAUGAAAUAUAGAUCAUGUUUUGAAUUUAAAUUUAAAGUGUUUUAGAAAGUAAAGUAAUUAAUAAUGUGAUUAAUUUCCCAAUGAUUUAGUCAGUAGUCUAAUUGCAAUUUUAGAGAAGUAAUUAGUAAUAUGUAGUGUAUUACUUUUUUGAGUAACUUGCCUAACACUGCUUUUAAGUGAUAUUGAUCUGUAGGAAUUCAGUGACACCUAAUAUUUUCAAAUUGUAUGCAAAAUGGAUUCAGUGGGACUCAUUCUUUCUGAGUUAUCAAGUUUUAUUCCAUUCAUCCUCUACAGAUACUGGUUUCAUGAAAAACCAAACAGAUGCUCUCUACAUGUAACGCACAAUUAAGGCACCACAACUAAUUCUAACUAAAAAUAAAAUUGACUAAAAGGCUACAGCAAAUAUCAUAAGGACUGCAGUCAAAAAGUCUGAGACUCCUCAAAAAAAUCUUCUUAUAACAUUGUUCUUAAUCAAAAAAUUAUUUUAGUAACACAUAAUAAAGCUAAAUUUGAUAAAUAAAAUCAAUAACAGUAUGAACUCAAGCUGGCCUGGAGUCUACAAGUUUGUGCAAAAGCUGAUGAUCCAUGUUAUUCCAACAUAACAUGACAAAUGUUCCAAAGACCAUCUUGUGUGCUUCAACGGAAGCAAGGAAAUUUGAACAUUUCUACAGAGUUAACAUGGUCCAUGUCAUAAAUUUGCUAAUUUCAUUAGUGACCUAGUGAAAAAGUAGAACCUUAACAAUGUCUUCCUCAUUUUACAUCCUAAUAUUAUGUUUUCUUCUUUGUAUUCAGUUGCUCAAAAUCCUAAAACUUUAAAUUAGAUUUUAAAUCCCAAAGGUUUAAUGUGGUCUCAGACUUUUAUGUUUUAUAUUGCCUUGUGUUUUAUAUUGUCUAUUGUUUUAAAGCCUAUUUUCUAUCGACUUUAUCCAUAAGAAUUGGUUUGCUGGUGUGCUUUUAAGCUCAUUUUGUAAAAAUAAAGGCUUCUGUAAUUAUACAUAUGCUCUGUGUGC